AUGAUCAGCCAGAUGCAGGAGCUGAAUCAGGCAAGGCUGACAGCCAUACAUCACUUCUUGAUAAAUCUUGUUGUUUUGAACUCACUAGCGAGAGCUAGCUUUGAGUUUGAUCCAGCAAAGCAACGUGACCACGAGAGUGGCUGGUUCAAUUUGAAUCUAGGCAUAAAGCUUGCUUCUUGCUCAGAUAGUUUGAGUGUAGUUGAUGCUAGAAAACCGUUUAUCACUCCUCAGGUUGAGAUACCAUCUCCUCCAAUAGGUCAGAGCAGUCCGUCUCAAACAUCACUGAUUUCUUAUGUCGAGAAUUUCAAUAAUAAUGGGAAUCAUAGCUACAAACUUGGGGUCAACAAAUUCACGGAUUGGAGCGAAGAAGAGUUCCUAGCCACCCACACCGGUCUCAAUGGCUUUAACCUAACCUCACCAUCUGAGGUGGUUGAUGAGACCAUGCCAUCUUGGAGUUGGAACAUCAGUAACGUCGUCGCCACGAGCAAAGACUGGAGAAAGGAAGGAGCUGUAACACCUGUAAAAAUGCAAGGACAAUGUGGUGGUUGUUGGGCGUUCGCAGCGAUUGCAGCGGUGGAAGGUCUGACAAAGAUUUCCCGAGGAAACAUCGUAUCACUGUCCGAACAGCAGCUAAUAGAUUGCGACAAAUCUUACGAUGGUUGCAAUGGCGGAACAAUGGAAGAAGCUUUCACGUACAUAGCACAAAACGGAGGCAUUUCUUCAGAACACGCAUACCCUUACCAAGAGAAAGAGGGGAGCUGCCAGUCCAACGCUGAACCCGCCAUGCAGAUCAGUGGAUUCCGAAACGUUUUGGCUAACAACGAGGCUGCGUUGCUCGAGGCUGUAUCGAGACAGCCCAUCUCGGUGUCCAUGGACGCGGAUGGACCCGGUUUCCUCCAUUACUCAAGUGGAGUAUUCGAUGCGCCCGAGUGUGGGUUCAGCAUAAGUCAUUCAGUGACUUUUGUUGGGUACGGGACGAGCCCAGAAGGGGUCAAGUAUUGGCUGGCAAAGAACUCUUGGGGUGAGACUUGGGGAGAGAAUGGUUACAUUAGGAUCCGUAGAGAUGUGGCGUGGCCUCAAGGCAUGUGUGGUGUGGCUCAGUUUCCUUCUUAUCCGGUUGUGUCACACUGA